AUGUUGUUUGCUCCAUGUGAUACAUUCCAGGCUGGAGUCAUGGAAGGCAUAACGGUGAUGAGUUUAGUGGCCUGCUUCAGUAUCAAGGCCAUGCUUAUGAUCAUAGAUUGCAAGUACGAACUUAUACGCAACCGUCGAAUACGUCCAGCUUCAACCAAUGGUCAUAUAGGUGUCAGAAUGAGGAAUUCUCGAAUUCAACUGUCAAAUGGACAGGUAGUGUCAUUGAAGCUUCCCCUUCUCAGCACUGGAGAUUCAGAAGGGGAGGAUGUGGAUGAUGAUGGUUUCAUGGUUGCAAAUGAGUUUUCUCCAGAAUACUGCACAAACUAUGGGGAUAUUGGGUAUCAUGCCAUUGGAUACACUGGGAGAGGAAUAGUGGACCUAACACUUAUUGUCUCUCAAGUUGGGUUUUGCUGUGCCUAUCUGAUCUUCAUAACGGAGAAUCUGAGUGGCUACUUCCCUUCCCUUUCCAAGCCCCAGUGGCUGGUUCUCUUGCUUCCUCCCCUCUUCCUUCUCACUUUGCUCAAAAGGCUUGAUAAACUUGCCAUUUUCAGUCUUCUUGCCCAGAUAUCAAACCUUUUUGCCUUUGCUGUGGUUUUCUGGUUCGACUUUGAGCACAUUCAUGUCUCAAAGUUCCAUCCAAGAGAAUUCUCAUGGAAGGGCUUCCCGUUCUACUUUGCAGUUUCCAUCUACUGCUAUGAGGGUCAAGGGUUGAUUUUGCCUUUGGAGGAGUCGUUGAAUUCCUCAAUACGGACCAACUUCCGCAAGUAUUUUGUCAGUACAAUGGUUGCAGUGACCUGUCUGUAUAUCACUUUUGGGGCAUCUGGAUACCUCUCGUUUGGACCAGAAACAAAGGAGAUAAUCACCAUGAACUUGCCACAUACUGGAGAAUUAGACUUUGCCAUGCUUGUCAAAUCAUGCCUCUGCUUCUCCCUGUUCUUCACAUAUCCAGUCAUGAUGUUCCCUGUCCUCCAACUAAUUGACUCCCGCUGCUCUGCACUAGAGGGAGCAUUACAAUCAGUGAUAGUGCGAUUGCUCCUGGUUUCAUGCACUGGCAUUGUCGUCCUUGCCAUUCCAAAUUUUGCCCAUUUGAUGGCACUCAUUGGGGCCACUUGUUGCACUCUUCUUGCCUUUGUCCUUCCUGCCAUCUUCCAUCUGCGCAUCUUCUCCUUGAAGUUGACAAAACUGCAGCGAUGGUUUGACUAUUGGUUGAUAGUGAUGGGGAUAGCAGGAGCAUGUCUCGGCACAGUGGAUGCAUUGGCUCGCAUGAAUGCCCAAGGAGCUCAUCCCAGACAUAUGGGAAAUUUCAGCCCUCUCCCAGAAGCCUUAGCAUCUGGAGCUGAAGCCUCAGUCUUUGCAUCUCAUACCACUGAGAGUGUAGCUCAUAUCUCUAAUGUUAUUCAAACUACUUUGCUCACAUCAUUAAAUGAUACUACUCUGACAGACAAGUUGACAUCUUUGCUGUGAUCAUAUACAGCAUUGAUGCACGUUUUAAUCAUGUUGUCUUCAACUCCCUUGCCAAAGGUUAGAAAUGGUGAUGUUGUGUCAUGCACAUUGGAAGUGUGUUCUUGAUGCUCACUUUUGUGCCUAGUCCUUUAGUGCUUUCAUGAAUGUGUGGAAGGGAGCCAUAGUAACUUCUGAAGUUUGUUGUUGUUCCCUUGGCCAUAUAUACAUAUUUUUCAUUGUUUUUAUUAAUUUAUUGCAUACAUUGAUAUUGAAUUUUAAUAUAUUUAGAAAAGGGAAGUACAGCUAUCAUAUCGCAAGCUCUUUGCUGCAUAGUUCUCGAUGGGGUCGAUUUUUCAGUUCAGGAUAAGACUCAGGAUAAAAUAUAUUUAAAAAUUUUCUCCUGUAGAAUUUCAAAAACGUUGUUAUUUAGAUGCAAGUGUAUGCUUAUGUAGGUAAGAUGUGGCCAGAUUCAGGAGGUUCAAGGCCUGACAUGUGAUUAAUCAAAUGCAUCUACCAAAGCAAGAAAAGGACAUCCUUUCUUACUAUCCAUUUUUUUUGCAGCUAUGUUUCCUAAAAAGGGAGAAGCCAGUCCUCCAGAUGCAUCAGUUGCAGAUAAGGUUAUAGUGGACUUUCCUUUCUCAGUUCAGAAUUUGAACCUUUUCCAAACUUGAUAGAAAAUAAUUUUUUCACAAUGAAACUGUUACAAUUGAGAGUAUGAUUUAAAAAAAUAGUGAACUAAGGAAUGUAUUGAUAGCUGUGGGCAUAUACCAGGGCUGGCCAAACUGUGGCUUUCAAGCUGUAUGUGGUUCCAGAGCAGUUCAAGUGUGGCUCACAGUGAAAUACUCAAGUCAAGGAGUUGCAUGUGUGAAGUGGUGUGUCUUGUAGUUUUCAGCCAUAUGACGAUUUUUUUAUGUGGCUUGUUAGGUCAGGAAGUUUGGCCACCCUUGACACAUACUGUCCCUCUUCAAGAGUUGCUCUUUUGUGAGGGAAAAUUUUAUUUUCAGUCUUAACAUUGCCUGUGGCACCUUUAGUUGAGACUAAAGACUUUUCAGCUGAAUCACUGAGGACUCUGAAGGAAGGCUAUUCCCAUAACGCAAUCCUGAUCCUAAAAUCUCAGCAGAAGGAGGCUUCAUCUUUUUCCUCAUGCCAGUUUAUUUUAUCUGACACAGAACCAGAAUGAAAUUUCUCAUGAGACUAUUUUUGCGUAUGUUAGCCCCAGAUGAGUCUUGUUUAUAUUCAGCUUGCAUUUUGACAGUGGACUGAAACAGCUGAUCCCAAUUCGCAUCUUUCAGUGAUUCCUCAUGCCAGGUCUCCGACAGUCUCGUUCGGCCUUGCUCUUUUACUUCCUGUUUCCUUCAGCCUGUUAUGGUGGGACUGCCUGUCAGAGUCAGUGACAACCCUGCUGGGCACCACGUGGUAAUUGAACACCCUCCAUCAUUAUUGUUGAUGGUGUCAUGCGCUGCAAUUUUAUCUGUGAUCAAUUGUGAUGCACUCGACAGGUGCAUGAUUUUCAAUCACUCUUAUAUUGUGAUUCCUGAUGUGAAGUGAUCUUUCAGCUCAGCGC